CGGCGACAGUUCAAUUGUCUGAGUUCUAGCCAUCGCUGCUGCGGACUGCAGUCGGCGAAACACGCGACCGCGAUAGACCAUGUAAAAAUCAUUACACCGUCAUUGUUGCAGUAUUAUAUAACAACAAUAUUAUAUAAUACACCAUUAUGUUGAGCCAAAUCUACCUAUAGUCCAUUCGUGUAAAGCGUAUUCGUCAGUCGUGCGACAACCAAACUACCCCCCGUACAUACUACAUACCCGCAGAAUUCGCCCACUACAAAGUUACUUGCUCGUCAAAUCCACUCACCGCGUAACAUUACCGUCUACCUCCAUUCGCCUAGCCCACCUAAAACAGACGCGUCGUCGUCAUGCCUGUGGCCGAUGAGCAGUGACGUGAGCCGGCGAUUCUCGUCGGCCGUCGGUGGCGGCGGCGGCAGUGGCUGCAAAAAAAUGCGGAAACGGAAGGAACUGGACGCUCUGACAGGAUGCACGGUGGUCGGCGUCAACCGGAACCGCAGGCUGAUGACGUGCUCGUCCGACUCGGACUCGUGUUCGUCGUCUCGGGCGCCGCCCACGCCCAUAAAGCUCCGGCGGCAGAUCACACGCAGGCGGAAGCGGACGUUCGUCGCCGACACCUGGUGCAGCGCCCUGAGGAUGUUCCUGACGUUUGGCUGCGUUGUGUGGGUCGUGUUCGAGACGUACACGUUCCUCGACGUGCGCAAGAUCCAAGCGCACUUGCAAACGCAACUUGACGAAGUUGCCGCCGGCAAUCGUGGAGUUCCAGAUGACCUACAGAAAUGUCAUGCCAUGUCUAAACAGCUUCAACAAAACCAAACCGAAAUCAAUCAACGUCUAACAGUGUACGACGGACAGAUAACAAACUUAACACUACAGGUUGCUAAUUUGGGUUCAAGAUUAUCGUUAGUUGAGAAGAAAAUCAAUGAGAACACAGACCUUUUAUCAAAUCCAGAUGCCACAAAAGAUCCAUCCAUAAAAGUCCUAUCAUCAGAAGUUGCUAAACUUGGUAGUACUUAUCAAGACUUAAGCGGUAGUGUAAAAUCGCUCAAAGAUACUACUAGUUCAUUACAGUCAUACCAAACAACAUUGAAAGCCAACAUUACUUCAAUAAGUGAAAAGUUAAAUAAUGUUGGUAGUAUUAAAACUGAUGAAACUAUGAUCAACAAUGUAUCUGGAAAGUUACAUGAACUAAUUGAAAGUGUAAGUUUGAAUGUCACGACCUUAAACCGAACACUUACCAGCCGAAUAGAUUGGUUAUCUGGAGAUCAAAAAACCAAUGGGGCAGAAAUUGAGAAAUUGAAAGAGGACAGUCAGAAACUAAUAGCUCAAGUAAAAACAAUUGACACUAAAUUAACGACAUCAUUUAAUGAAGUGAACUCAAAAGUUAUAUCUCUAAGAACUCAAAUUGACAAGAUUGCAACUAAUGUUACCAGUUUACAUGCUCAAUCAAAUUCCGAUGACUCUCUAACGAGUUCUGGUCAAUUAAAAGGUGAUAAAAAUGGAACUCAGACAAAAUCCUAAUAUUAGUAUUUUUUGUGUUUUAUUGUAUGUGCACAAUUUUGUUGAAUAAUUUUGUUUUAUUUUUUCUUAAUAUAAUAGUUUAAAUGUUUACGUUUAUAUUUGAGUUAAUGAGUCUUGUUUUGGUAUGAUGUUUGAUUUGUAAUUUUAAAAAAUUGUACCCAAAAUUAAUUCGUCUAAUCUAUUUUAUGGACUAUUUGAUAGUAAUAUUUAUAAUUCCUAAUAAAUAUUAAAAUCAAAAUUUGUAAAAAAAAAUAAUUUUAACUGAGACUAUAUAAUGACAUUUGAACUUUAUACAUUUGAAAGCAAUGUUGUUUUUUGCCGUUAAUGUUGUACUUUUUUUCUAGUAUAAACAUUUGAAAAUUAUUACAAUAAAAAAAAAAAUUAUUUUUCUAUA